AUGACGCCAACUCUCACCUAUUUUUCUAUUCGAGGAUAUGGAGAAUAUAUUCGCCUUCUUCUUACUGAUCAAGGUGUCGAUUUCGUCGACGAACGAGUGGCCUAUAAAAGCGAUGAAUGGGCUCAAAUGAAAAGCUCAAUGGCAUUCGGUCAAGUUCCACGUUUCAAACAAGGAAAUAAGGAGAUUUACCAGACUGGAUCAAUCAUGAGACAUCUCGGAAGAGUCUACGGCUUGAACGGAUCGAAUGAGGAUGAGACGACGUUCAUUGACAUGUUCUUCGAAGGAGUCAGAGAUGUUCGAUCGAAAUAUGUUCGCUUCAUUUACUAUGAUGAUUAUACUCGUGAAGAAACAAUCAACACGGUGCUCCCAACCGAGCUUGAGAAACUUGAGAAACUCUUUAAAACCUAUGCGAACGGAGACCAUUUUGUCGCCGGUGAGAAGGUCAGCUAUGCCGACUAUAUUCUGUUCGAAGAGCUCGAUGUCUAUUUGACAUUGGAUGCUCACAUUCUCGACAAAUUCCCGAAGUUGAAGGCGUUCCAUGAGCGAUUCUCGCAGAGGCCGAAUUUGAAGAAUUAUUUGGCGAAACGAGCUGCUGACAAAGUGCCAAUCAACGCGAUUCCAAAGCAAUAA